AUGGGGAUCGAAGACGUCUAUCACAAGAUCAGUCACCUCCAGGUCCUGCGUCGACCACCGCCGCUGAAGUCCGACCCAACACGGAGAAACCAAAACAAGUACUGUCGGUUUCACGGUGAGAGUGGGCACACUACGGCCGAGUGCUAUGACCUGAGGGACGAGGUCGAGAGAUUGAUCCGAGAAGGGAGGCUCAGCGAGUACCGAGCCGACCGUCAGAACAACAACAACCGACGGGAAGAGCAGAGUCACGACAAUCCGCCCGAACCCGUCGGUGUUAUAAGAAUGAUCUUUGGGGGACCAUACCUCAGCGGCACCUCUCGCCGCGCGCAGAAGGAGUACGCGCGAGAGGCAAAGGAAAAGUUCAGCCGGAGGAUCAUGAACGUCUCCGGACGCGAGGCCAAGGCAGCGCGAUACGAGGAGGCCGAGAUCACUUUCUCGGAGGCCGACGCGAGUGGGGUACAUUUCCCCCAGAGUGACGCUUUAGUCGUCGAGGCCAUGAUCGGUAACCACACGUUUUGCCACAUCCUGGUCGACAAUGGCAACUCAGUGGACAUCUUGUACUCCAACUGCCUCGACAAGAUGGGGAUCUCCCGCGCAAGGCUGCAAAACAACGCAUAG